AUGCUUCAGGAGAACCACGUGCCCAGUGAACACCUCAUGCUACCAGCCUGUGUCCCUCUGUCUCUGUCUGAGGAAUGUUCAGAGAGCCAUUUAUCACUGUUUGUCAAUAACACAUGGCUCUCAGGCUGCUCCCAUGCCUGCUUCAGCUCGGUUGACAUAGUCAUCUGCAGAGGGCAGAAUUUCUCGGCUGUGCCAGCCAACCUCAGUGACCUCAUAUGGCGCCUUGACCUGGGCUCCAACGCCAUCACCUCCCUAAGCUCCAGCUGGACACCUCGCCCCCUGCUCAGGCUCGAGGUCCUGGUGCUGGCCCAGAAUGCCCAUGGCACCAUUGUGCCAGGCGCCUUUGUCAGCACGCCUCACCUCCGCCACCUGGAUCUGUCCUCCAACAGGCUAAAGUGGCUUAUCGGGGGGAUAUUCAAGGGGCUCGGUGAACUCGAGGAGCUGCUUCUGUUUGACAACCACCUGGGUCGGAUCAGCGGCUGGGCGUUCGAGGGCCUCGGCGGCCUCCAGAGGCUCCAUCUUGGCAGGAACCGGCUCACUCAGCUGCCCCCCGAGAUGUUCGACGGCGUGGUGUCUUUGUCCAAGCUCAGAGUCUUUGAUCUGUCCUCGAACAUGCUGUGGGGAGUCCCAGUGGCUUCCAUCCUCGCUCUGCCUCCCUGGACGCAGGCUGCCCUUUACCUGCACGAUAAUCCUCUGGUCUGCACUUGUGCCCUGCGCUCCAUGUUACAGCAGUGGGCCGACAAGCACUACAGGACAAUGGUGGACUUUCGACAUGGCCAUCCCUGCCUCAGAGGAACCACUGGAGAGAUGCUGAACUGCUCCUGGGGGCUGCAUGACUCUACUCACCCGGUCAAGGUGGUGUCCCAGGUCAGGCUAGGCGAGCAGUUACUUCUUCUAUGUCUGGAUUCAACAGAACAACAGGGGUCAUCAGUGCACUGGGAUACCCCAGACCAGGAGGCCUUACCAGGGGAGGACCAUCACCUGCACGUGCACUCAAAUGGAACCCUAGAGAUCCAAAGGGUGCGCCUGGAAGAUUCUGGAACAUACCACUGUAAGGUGAUCAGUGGGGGGCAACAAGGCUCUGAGAAGUUAGUGGAGGUAGUUGUGAGUGACAGCGAGAUAGCAUCAACACCACACCAAAGUGAAAAUGUCCACACAGGAUUCACAGCUUUGGUCUCUUGGAUGGUCAGUAUAAUCCUGCUGCUGUCCUACCUCUACUUUAGUCCAUGUCAUUGCUGCUGUCGUCGCAAACAUUUGGGUUUGUCACGUCCUGCAAAAGGUAAUCCUCAGCUUCAGGCACAGCCCAGCACAGCUAAAAAGGUGGUUUUUGUGGAGCCUUGGAUGGAAGUUACUGCCAUAGAUGUGGCUCACUCAACAGGAGACUCAACAGGAGCAGCCAAUCCAGUCACCACCAGAAGCAUCCUGAAGAAUGGUGGAAAUACCUCUGAUCCUCCGAUAAGAGAAAUAUGCCACCUGAUCUAG